AGAAAAUGGCAGGUAAAAUGUCUCUCGCCAAUAAUGCUGAUGCCAAUGUUGGUCUCACAAGCGCUGUAUCGAAUGAUUUUGAGUUUAGAAGUCCUGAGAAUUUGUUUGCUAGCCUACACUUUGUGCCUGAAAAAAUUCUUCAGUUUGCUGUAAGCUCGGAAUUGUUGCCAUUGGAAAUUUAGAGCCUUGUCCGAAUGUUAAGGUGUCAAUUUUACUGCAAGUAUGAAAUGUUACCAUAAUACAAUGAGAAGGCACUAGAUAUUAUAGAGUGGACUGGAAUUCAUUGUGGUUACCAGAGCAACAAUUGUCUCAGUAUCAAUCUCUCAUUGAAGAGUUUUGGAAAAAUCAGACUGAUAUGACUAAGAUCAUUCCAAAAACAUUUCCUUCUGAUCCUUCAAAGUCGACAAAUCAAAGCUUUCUUAGCUCGCUAGAAUAUUAUGACUUAGAUUCAGAAAUAUCCACACAUCAGUCCUUUAAUAUGCAAAAGUCUUCCGAAUUAUGUCCAGCAAAAAAUUUAUCACAGGAGUCUUUGGCAAGCUCUAAACAUUUACAAUCUGACAUCAGUUCUCAAGAGAAAUACAGUCUACCUAUUGGAUUAUUAAUAGAGAAUGAUUCUAAUAUUUUAUCUGGCCAAAACGGAAGUGACAUUUUUACUGACGGAGCUAUAAAGUUAUUAUUGUUAAACUCUCAAUCAAGUUCUAAGAAUUCUUUUCUGGCUAAUGAUACGAUUAACGAAGCAACGCCAUUAGUUGUUGAAAAUGACGAGUGUAACUCUUUAACUCUUUCUAGCACUCCGAAGAUGCAAACUUUUGAAGAAAAUAAUUCCUUAGGAGAUAAUGAACAAAUAAAAAUGGAACAGAUGGAAACUGAUAAUGAAAUGACAAUGCAGUUUGUAACUUCUCCUACAAUUAGAAGAAAUAGAGUUUCUAUUCAAUUGGACGGUUUUGAACUGGUUAAUGUAGAAAAUAAACAAGCUUCAUACGAGGAUCUUGCAACUUAUGCACUUGAAACUCUGGCAUCUUUUAAGCGUAAACGUGUUAGAUUCCCUAAUGGCUCUUCUAAACUACCACAAUAUUGUUUUUUUUGUACCAAAACUAUAGCAAAUCGAAAAAAAUUGCGCGAGCAUCAGUUUGGAGUGCAUUUUAAAAAUGUAGGUGAGUAUGUUUGCGGAAUCUGUCAAAAAAGGUUUAUUUUUAGGCGUCAUUUGAAAGCACAUAUGGCUGUUCAUUCAGACAAUAGAAACUAUAGCUGUUCAAUAUGUAAUUUAACUUGUAAAAGAAGAUCUCAUCUACAUAAACAUAUGGCUACACAUACAAAUGAAAUGAAUUAUCGAUGUGAUGUUUGCCACAAAAAUUUUAAAGUACAAGCUGAUUUAAAAGACCAUUGUUUACAAGAUCACAAAGAUGGACAAUCAACUUGUAAUGUUUGUAAACAAACCCUUCACACACCAUUCUCUGUAUAUAUUCACAGUAUGCGUCAUUCCGGAACUCGCGAUCAUGUUUGCGAUAAAUGUGGGGCUUCUUUUAAAAGAAAACAGCAUCUAAUUGCGCAUCUUAAUGUACAUGAAGAAAUCAAAGAUCGGUUAAAAUGUCCUGCUUGUCAGAAAGAAUUUCCUGAUCGGAAAACUGUGAGAAAACAUUUAGAACAAAGUCAUCCUGAUCUGGCUUCUGAAUAUCGAUAUGAUUAUAUCUGUGCUAUUUGUAACAAAGAUUUUGCUUAUAAAGGACGACUUGAUGAGCAUAUGAAAACACAUGAUCAUGAAACUCUUGAAGACCGAAUAGCAAAAGAAAUGGAUUCUACCAAAAAAGUCGACAAACUUUCUGAGGAAGCAUUAAAGCGGUUUUAUGAUUUAUUUGAAAAAGUUGUUGAUGAAAAUACUGAGGAGCUGUUAAUGUUGAGAUGUAAAGUUUGCUAUAAACGCGAGUUCCGCAAGGUAAGUAGUCUAGAAAAACAUUUGCAAGAGCAUCAGUUAGGAAAUCAGUCAUCGCAUCAGUCAGGUAAGGAAAUUCCUAUUUACGAAUGUUGUGGUCAAGUAUUCCCAUCAAAAACGUUGUUUCUCAAACAUUGUCGCUCGCAUGAACCAAAAAUUGAUAGAAAAAAGGAAGUGUUGCAAUGCCGUGAAUGUUUAAAAAAAUUUCGCUCGAAUAUUUGUUUGCAAACACAUGUAAAGGAUUGCGUUGUUCGUUUCAAAGCAUCACAGAAAAGUGUUUUUAAAAACAAUAUCGAAUUAACUAAAAAUACUAAAGAAAUAAAACUUAAAGAUGGAUUUAACAAUAGGAUUUUGGUUGUAUCGCGUGAUGCUAAGAUCGAUAGAAACGAACUACUCGAUAAUUUAUACGAUAAAAACCUAGAAAAUGCUAUUAUAGAAUCUGAAACUAUAGUAAUUACUUUCGAUGAAAAUGAUGAAGAGAUAGGAAAACAAAAACUUCAUAAUUCUUCUAAUAACAAAAUAAACGAAAUGUCAAACAAAAUAGAAUUAUUGGCUCGUAUAAGUAACGAGUUAGUUAAUGUAAAUGGGCUAAGUACUGAUGUCAUAAAAACUGGCGAUGAAAAUAUCGUCGGUUAAAAUGUGGAUUAAUAUGAA